AUGGCAACAUCAACAUCAACCAAUCCGAACACCCUCUUGCCACUGGAAUUAAUCGAUAAAUGCAUUGGAUCGAAGAUCUGGGUGAUAAUGAAGAAUGAUAAGGAAAUCGUCGGCACGUUGACCGGAUUCGAUGAUUAUGUGAAUAUGGUGCUGGAGGACGUCGUUGAGUACGAGAAUACUGCUGAAGGGAAGCGAAUGACGAAGCUGGAUACGAUUCUUCUCAAUGGAAACCAUAUCACCAUGUUGGUGCCAGGAGGCGAGGGACCCGAGAUUUGA